AUGCGCCGCUCAGCAUUGCGGGCUCUCGAGUCCGCGAAGCCACUGACCCGAGCUCCUCGCUCGGUGUCAAGAAGCUUCGCUACCCUUAAUGAAUCGGCCAAGGAUCCUUCGGAAUUAGACCAAAUCACCACACUGCCGAAUGGAGUCCGCGUCGCCACAGAGUCAUUACCGGGGCCCUUUGCUGGCGUUGGAGUUUACGUCGAUGCCGGAUCUCGCUAUGAAGACGCCAGUCUGCGUGGUGUGAGCCACAUUAUGGAUCGUCUAGCCUUCAAAGCCACCAAGUCACACUCAGGAGACGAGAUGCUCGAGAUUCUGGAAUCGUUGGGCGGCAACAUUCAAUGCGCGUCCUCUAGAGAAUCCUUGAUGUACCAGUCCGCCAGUUUCAACUCGGCCGUCCCCACGACCCUCGGCCUGCUGGCGGAAACCAUCCGGGACCCUCUCAUCACCGAAGAAGAGGUGCUCCAGCAGCUUGCGACGGCAGAGUACGAGAUUGGCGAAAUCUGGGCGAAGCCGGAACUCAUCCUGCCGGAGCUGGUGCACAUGACUGCAUACAGGGAUAACACACUUGGGAACCCGUUGUUGUGCCCGAGCGAGCGACUGGGCGAAAUUAACCAGGCCGUGGUGGAGCAAUACCGCGAGGUUUUCUUCAACCCGGACCGAAUGGUGAUCGCCUUCGCCGGCGUGCCCCAUGCCGAGGCCGUCAAGCUUACGGAGCAGUAUUUUGGGGAUAUGAAGGCGAGCGACCUGAGCAAGUCUAAGGGGCCCGUCUUGUCCGGUUCGGGUAUUGAAACCACGCUGUCGGACUCCCAGGCGGCGGCCAGCGAAGGCCAGGUGCCAACUGUCCCUCAAUUCACGCCGUCGUCGACCAUUAGCAGCCCAGCCGCUUCUCAAAACACGCAGUCAUCGCUCCUGUCGAAGCUACCCUUCCUUAAAAAACUCUCCACUUCCACACAGAACAACGCCACGGUCGCGCCGCUCGACCCUUCUUUGCUUGAGCCGUCCGCGUUGGACCUUCGGCGACCGGCUCACUACACAGGCGGUUUCAUUGCUCUUCCUCCCAUCCCUCCGCCCGCGAACCCGAUGCUGCCUCGACUGAGUCAUAUCCACCUUGCCUUUGAGGCGCUCCCCAUCUCUUCGCCUGACAUCUACGCUCUCGCCACUCUGCAGACCCUCCUUGGCGGAGGAGGCUCAUUCUCGGCGGGCGGUCCCGGCAAGGGCAUGUACUCGCGACUCUACACCAACGUGCUGAACCAGCACGGCUGGGUGGAGAGCUGCAUUGCGUUUAACCACAGCUACACGGAUAGUGGCAUCUUCGGCAUUUCGGCCUCGUGCAGCCCAACCCGAACCACGGAGAUGCUCGAGGUCAUGUGCCGAGAGCUGCAGUCUUUGACCCUGGACUCGGGCUUUACGGCCCUGCAAACGCAAGAGGUCAACCGGGCCAAGAACCAGCUUCGUUCGUCGCUGCUCAUGAACCUCGAGUCUCGCAUGGUCGAGCUCGAGGAUCUUGGCCGCCAGGUGCAAGUCCACGACCGCAAGGUUAGCGUCAAGGAGAUGUGCGAGCAAAUCGAGGCUCUGACUGUCGAGGACCUUCGCCGGGUGGCUCGCCAGGUGUUUGGCGGCCAGGUUCAAAACAAUGGCCAGGGUACUGGCAAGCCCACCGUCGUGUUGCAGGAGGGCGAGCUGGAGGGCUACAAGCUUCGGUCUUUCCCAUGGGAAGAGAUCCAGGAGCGGAUUGCCCGCUGGAAGCUUGGCCGGCGGUAA